GAAACACACGGAAGACCGACAGGCAACUCCUCGGUGAAGCUCCUUCAGUCGCCGACGAAACCAUUCAGACCGGCGACCAACAGCUGCAUCAGUAGACCGGUUUAGCCAACGGGAAUACCGUACAGAAUGUCCGUCGCAGCAACCUGGAGCAAUUUUGACAUGACCCAUACGAAUCUCCCCACCUUCGACGACGCCCAGCGGUGACCCGGCGGCUUCGGCUACUCUAGAAUUUAGCGUCAGCCGACGACGAUCUUGGAUUCACCACCCAUCUCCGACUAGAUCUGCCAUUGGCACACGGAAGACCACCUUCGACUUCAAAGCACGACGGGAGAGCCUUGCCGUAGAUCUGCUGCAGAUUCGUCGUCCCAAGAGCCAAUUGACGACCCCCAACAGGCGUCCACCUCGUGCUUUAGCCGGCAACGAUCCACCGGCGACGACCGUACGGACGAGACGACCAAAAGCUGCGUGCCAUCCUGCCUCUGCGCAGCCAGCAACGAAGGCUCUAGAGCAGCGACAAACUCCAGUCAAUGGGUGAUAGCUCCAGAUCUGUCGCUGCUCCGUUCACUUCUUUGUUCCGGCGAGCCGUCCCCUAUCAUGGCGACCAACACCGGUAAAACCCAGCGGCCACCUCGCUGCUCCGUUCACUCCUUUGUUCCGGCGAGCCGUCUCGUGUCAUGGCGACCAACACCAGUAAAACCCAGCGGCCACAUCGCUGCUCCAUUCCCUCCUUUGUUCUGGCGAGCCGUCCUUUGUCGUGGCGACCCACUCCCGCACGAAGCCGCUGACAAAGAUGGUCAGGGAUGGAUGUUUCUUCUUUCCAGCCUGUAAAGGAGGAAAAGCUAGGUUUUGAUAAUGCCAAACCGCCAUGACACCAAGAAGAUAUUGAACAAACUAAAGGCGAAGAAACAAGGUAGAUUGAU